AUGAAUGAAUACUUGAAGAAUGACACGAAGCCCAGGAGUCACAUACGAGAGGAAACACCACUUGAGAUGACAAACUCUUCAUCAAAGACAGCUCCGCGGAUAAAAGAGUCCGGUGAUUUCAAGUCCUCAUCGAGGAAGGUUGUGGACAAGUCAGAUAAUCCCGUGCAGAAGAAGAAGGAAAUCCGACGACAACGAUGUUAUGCUCGAUGGCGUGCUAAGGGCUUGGAUGUGGAAGAGAUGAAAAAGGCCAGGAUCGCUAAGGAAGAAGCACGACGGAGAACAGUCGAGUCGUACAUUCUCGAGCCAGAUGAAUCAUGGAAACACAGAUUGGAGGUAAUUUAG